CUCAGCCUUGACUAGCUUAGUGUGGUGUAAGAAAGUACAAGGGGUGCAGUUUAACAUCAGGAACAUGAAGUCUUUUCGGAAUGACCUGAUUUGCUGUGUUAUCUGGUUUUUUUUUCCUUUUCUUAAUUGUGACCCUUUUGAUAUUUGUUACGACUCAAAUUGCUGCGGAAACUCAAUGUCUAGAACCCACUCUAUCCUAAUCGAAUCAACUAACAAGAAAAUAUUUGUAAGUUUAUAGAGGAUAUGUUCACGACCACAGAAAGUUGAAAUACCUUCACAUUCGUGCCUAGUUACCGAUCAAAGAUGCGAAACAUUGGAGCCAAGUGAUUAGGAAAC